AUGUGUGGCCUUUCCGAAGGUGGCUUCGUGCAAUUGAAUCGAAAUUCUUUUAGUCAAGCCGAUCGUUCCAUCAGGAAGCACGUGGACCAACCGGAAAGCAUAUUCAAAUUUUUCGCCAAAUAUCGUCAUGGAGAGGACUUGAACAUAAACAAAGAUUUCUUCGAGAUAGAGCUCGAAGCCCUCAAGGCUUUGGAAAGGCAUGCCAAUAUCAUGGAGCUAAAGAAUUCUUUUCAAUCGCUCUUCAUUGAUCGAAUCGAGUAUUUUGUUCUCGAAUUGGAGUACUUCUUGAAUGGAACGCUAAAAGAUGUUCUUUUCAAUGGUGAAGGCUACCUUUACACGGAUCACACCAUUUUUGUGUGGUGUGAAAAUAUCCUGGAUGGACUUUCUUUCAUGCAUUCCAAGAAGAUACGACACAGUGACAUCAAACCGGGAAAUUUAUUCAUGAUGCCCGAUUAUAAAAUCAAGAUCGGGGAUUUCGAUUUGGCCGAGCUCGACAACGACACGUUUGAAUGCAGAAAGAUGUGUGGUACGCCCGUCUAUCAACCACCGGAGUUAUAUUCGGUUCCUGUUGUGGUUGGUCCAAUCAAA